AGAAUGUUUGGUUUUACGCAUCAAACUCCGUUGAUUUGAGCAGUCCUCUUCAGAAGCUUCAAAACGAAAGCACCUCAAAAAUCUUAGCGCACGAGAAAGCGCUAAUCUUCCGGCCAACCAUGGGUGGCGAUACACUUCCUCUUUCUACUUCUUCUUCCAUCCUUCAUGAUGGGUAUUCCUCUCUCGAGCAUCAUCAGUCCCAAAUUUCUACUCAGUUCCCCACUCUCCUCAGGGGUUACAAUAAAUUUAGCAUGGAAACUGAGGAUGAUCAGAUGAAUGUGGAAAAUGGAUGUAUCAUCGGAGAAUUUGAUGAGAUUGAAUAUGAAUACUCUUCGGCUGCUUUGGAUGUGGAUAUCUGUCGGAGGAGGAUAGAUAGAGUGCAUAGAGAGAUCUUGGAGAGCUAUGAUCAAUUACGGACUCGUAGUGAGAACUUGAAACAGGCUAAGCAAAAAAAUUUGAGCUAUUCUCCUGGAGCAUGGAUUGAGCAGGUAGGUGGAAUGAAAUUAUCCGACUACGAUAUACCACAAACAAUAUCACUUAUAUUGAUUGGUCCAAAAGGAUCCGGUAAAAGUAGUCUGAUAAAUAGGAUCUCCAAGGUGUUUGAGGAGGACCAUUUUGCCCCAGAAAGAGCACAAGUAUCAUGUAAUUCAUCUGGUGAAGGUGGAACCUUUUUCCUUCAUGAAUAUAUGAUCCUCAGGAAGUCAAAAUCUUUUUGUUUAUAUGACACACGUGGUCUGUCUGAUGAUCCCUCUGAUAACAUUGAAACGUUGAAACAGUGGAUGAGCAAGGGUGUUCGCCAUGGUGAGCUUGUCACCAGGAAAUCUGAUGCUUCGAAUUUCAUAAAUAGAAUGAAGUGUAAAGCUCGCCAAAGCUUCCCUCGUUCUAGGGUGAUCAGAAUAAUCAAUUUUGUCAUAUUUGUUGUUGAUGGCCUUUCAGUUCUUAAAUCAAUAGACGGUGAUGAUAAACAGAAGGAUUAUGACAGAGUGAUAACGACUGCAUUCAAUUGCCCUUAUUUAUCAUAUGGAGAUGAUAAACCAGUUGUUGUUUUAACUCAUGGAGAUCUACUUUCCUUUGCGGACCGUGUUCGUGUACGUGGUCAUUUAGGAAAUCUAUUAGGUAUUCCGUCGACAAAACAAAUAUUUGACAUCCCAGAUAGGUAUGAUCCAGUCACGGAGUUGACAAUAAUUGAUAUGUUACAUUACUGUUUGGAGCAUGCUGAUAAAAACCUUCCUCAUAAGCGCUGGAUGGUGAUCAAGGAUAUGUUCUCUGUAUCAGCGGCAGAUAUAUACUUUGUAGCCAUUAUGAUGAUUGUUUUCAUCUCAGCUUCUCUGUAUCAGGUGUAUGUUCAUCGUUGUCUUGAGCAACAGAAGCCGAAGAAUGUAGAGGAGAUAGUUUGGCAUGAGAUCCGGCAUUUGUGGCUUGACGAGUAAAGGGGCAGUGUCUUUGACUUCAGUAUCUUCUUUUGUUAGUGUACAGAGUUUGAGAAAUAACGUUGCAACAACUGCUAAACAAUAGGUGGGCAAAUGAUAUUGUUUACUGAUUGUACAGUGUGGCACAAUACUGAAAUAUUAACCGUUUCAAUUGGAAAUUUCUGUCCAUACUGUGAUGAUUCCAUGAA